AUGACCUUUACUCUGCGCUGGGGAAUCAUCGCGACGGGCGGUAUCUCAACCAAGUUCGCAGAGGACCUCCUCGUUGACCCCUCCACACGGGGCUCGGACGUCGCGCACAAGAUCGCGGCGGUAGGUUCGCGGUCGGUUGCCAGCGCACAGAAGUUUAUCGACCGGCUGCGUAGCGACCCAUCCCCGAACCAGUGGGGCGAGGAUGGCUGGAAUGCAUGGGGACUGGGGAACGGUGUGCUCGACGGUGCCAAGGCGUACGGGUCAUACGACGAGGUCUUCGCCGACCCCAACGUCGACGCAGUGUACAUCGGCACGCCGCACACGUUCCACCACGCCAAUGCCAAGGCUGCCCUGCUUGCUGGCAAGAACGUGCUGUGCGAGAAGCCGUUCACAUUCGACCUCGAGGAGCUCGAUGAGCUCAUCGCUAUCGCAAAGGAGAAGAAGCUCUUCCUCAUGGAGGCCGUCUGGACCCGCUUCCACCCCAUCGCGUAUGCUCUCCAGGACCUCCUCAAGUCUGGACGCCUCGGCAAGAUCAAGCGCAUGAGCGCGGAUUUCAGCAUGAAUUAUCAGCCUGACACCCGGCCCGACUCUAACCGCAUGAUCGACCCCGAGCAGGGCGGCGGCUCACUCCUCGACCAGGGCCCGUACCCGAGCGUGUGGGCGAUGCUCGCCCUGCACCAGCUCCCGUCCAACACGGACACUGACCCGCGCGUCGUUGCUUCGUAUCAGAGGAUCUAUGAGCGCAGCGGCGUCGACGCGGCGAGCACCUGGGUUGUGAGCUGGAAGGGCUUGGCCGAAGCGACUCUCGUUACGGACAUGACUGCGAGCGGGUACGACGACGCCUGUGUGGUCAUUACGUGCGAGGACGCCGACGUAGCGAUUGCUUACCCACCUUGGCGCCCCGAGCGACUCACGAUCGUUCCGCACUCCAAGUACGAACCGGGAAACAUCAGGGAACGCGAGGUCAAGGAGUACCCUACUGCCAAGGCUGGUGCGGGCAUGCACUACGAAGCGGACGAAGUUGCACGGUGUAUCCGCGACGGCAAGACGCAGAGCGAGCGCAUGCCUCUCGCCGAGAGCCGUAUCACGCAGCGCUGGCUCGACGACGUGCGCAAGGCUGGCGGGACUGUGCUCAAGACCGCUUAG